GUCCUUUCCGAUUCAACCAUCGUCUCCAAGUCGAAGUCCGGCGACUGGGAGGGCAGCCUCCUCUCCGCCUCCUCCAAGAUCCGAUCUAGUGCCGCUUUCCGAUACGAGGCGCCUCGGAUCUCAGCCGACUCCUCUAAACUGCUUUCUCUGCCACGUAUCGUUCGAUCUGCUCCCGUGGUUUGAAUUCGAACCCCAGAUCCGGAUCUCGUCGCCGCUGCUGAUCGGGGUCCGUACCGGACUCUACCGCGGCAUCUUCCAGUCUCGGUUAGGUUUUAACCAUCACAGCUUUCGAGAUCCGCUCUUUGUUGUCGCCGAUGGAGGCUUUGGAGGAACUGAGCGAGCUCGCGGACUCGAUGGUGCAGGCUUCCGCGCUCCUCGCAGAUGAGGACGUCGACGAGGGGUCGACCAAGCGGAGGACCUCCACGUUUCUCAACGUCGUCGCUCUCGGCAACGUUGGUGCUGGUAAAUCAGCAGUGUUGAACAGCUUAAUCGGACACCCGGUCCUGCCCACUGGAGAGAAUGGUGCUACUCGAGCCCCUAUCAGUAUUGAUCUGCAAAGAGAUAGUUCACUUAGCACUAAAUCAAUUGUUUUGCAAAUAGACAGCAAAUCCCAACAAGUCUCUGCAAGUGCUCUUAGGCACUCUCUUCAGGACAGGCUAAGUAAGGGAACUGGAGUUCAAGGGUCUGGAAAGGGCCGAGCAGAUGAGAUAUAUUUGAAACUCCGUACUAGUACAGCUCCAUCUUUAAAAUUCAUAGAUCUUCCAGGUUUAGACCAGAGAUCAAUGGAUGAUUCUGUUGUCAGUGAUUAUGGUGCACGCAAUGAUGCAAUAUUGCUAGUUAUUGUGCCGGCUGCUCAGGCACCCGAGAUCUCUUCUUCUCGAGCUCUUAGACUGGCUAAGGAAUUUGAUUCAGAAGGAACUAGAACGAUUGGUGUUAUCAGCAAGAUUGAUCAAGCUGCUGGGGACCAGAAAAGUCUUGCAGCAGUUCAAGCUCUUCUUUUGUCUCAGGGGCCACCCUCUACUGCAGAUAUUCCUUGGGUUGCUCUGAUUGGUCAAUCUGUUUCUAUUGCUUCGGCACAGGCUGGAUCUAUUGGAUCUGAAAGUUCACUUGAAACAGCAUGGAGAGCUGAGACUGAAAGUCUUAAAACUAUACUUACUGGAGCUCCACAAAAUAAGCUCGGAAGAGUAGCGUUAGUUGAUACACUUUCCAAGCAAAUCCGGAGUAGAAUGAAGCUCAGACUGCCAAACCUUCUUUCAGGAUUACAAGGCAAGUCACAGAUUGUGCAGGAUGAGUUGUUUAGACUUGGUGAACAAAUGGUGGAGAGUGCAGAAGGUACCAGGGCUAUUGCCUUGGAGCUUUGUCGAGAAUUUGAGGAUAAAUUUCUUCAACACGUUGCCACCGGUGAGGGUGCAGGUUGGAAAAUUGUUGCUACAUUUGAAGGAAACUUCCCUAGCAGAAUAAAACAACUUCCACUUGAUAGACAUUUCGAUAUCAACAAUGUCAAAAGAAUUGUGUUGGAGGCAGAUGGUUAUCAACCGUAUUUGAUAUCUCCUGAGAAAGGUUUGCGAUCUUUGAUAAAGGGAGUACUAGAACUAGCAAAAGAACCAUCACGGCUUUGUGUUGACGAGGUCCACCGUGUUCUGUUAGAUAUAGUUUCUGCUUCAGCGAAUGCUACACCUGGACUAGGUCGAUAUCCUCCUUUUAAAAGAGAGGUGAUUGCUAUUGCAUCAACUGCAUUAGAGAGCUUCAGAAAUGAAGCCAAAAAAAUGGUGGUUGCAUUAGUUGAUAUGGAGCGUGCAUUUGUUCCUCCGCAACAUUUUAUUCGUCUAGUUCAGCGGAGAAUGGAGAGGCAGCGUAGAGAGGAUGAGCUGAAGAAUCGAUCAUCGAAGAAAGCAAAUGAAGCAGAGCAAGCCAUUUCGAAUAGAGCUUCGAGUCCUCAACCAGGAGCUCAAGGUGGUAGCUUGAAAUCAAUGAAAGAAAAACCUAAUCAACAAGACAAAGAAACCAAAGAGGGUUCCACAUCUACCUUGCAGGUUGCUGGACCUUCUGGAGAAAUAACAGCAGGAUUCUUACUGAAGAAAAGUGCCAAGACUAAUGGCUGGAGCAAGCGAUGGUUUGUUCUCAAUGAGAAAAGUGGAAAGCUUGGAUACACAAAAAAGCAGGAGGAGAAGCAUUUUCGUGGUGUCAUCACUUUGGAGGAAUGUAAUCUUGAAGAGGUUCAAGAUGAGGAUGAUCCACCUAAAAGUUCCAAGGACUCCAAAAAGGCAAAUGGACCAGAUAAAAGCCCAAGUCUUGUCUUUAAGAUAACUAGUAAAAUUGCAUAUAAAACAGUUCUAAAAGCUCACAGUGCUGUCAUUUUAAAGGCUGAGAACAUGGCUGAGAAAGUUGAGUGGAUGGACAAGAUAGGAAAUAUCACUGGUUCUUCAAAAGUUACUUCCUCAAAGGGUGCAUCUGAAUCUGGAGGUACUCCAAUGAGACAAAGCCAUUCAGAUGGUUCACUUGACACAAUGGUUAGAAGGCCAGCUGAUCCUGAAGAAGAACUUCGUUGGAUGUCUCAAGAAGUUCGAGGUUAUGUAGAGGCUGUCUUGAACAGUCUUGCUGCUAAUGUACCGAAGGCAGUGGUGCUAUGCCAAGUUGAGAAAGCUAAGGAAGACAUGUUGAAUCAGCUGUAUAGCUCAGUAAGUGGUCAAAGUAAUGUGAAGAUUGCAGAACUGCUCCAGGAAGAUCAAAAUGUGAAGCGUAGAAGAGAAAGGAUUCAAAAGCAAUCAUCUCUCAUAUCUAAACUUACACGCCAACUAAGCAUCCAUGACAACCGAGCGGCUGCUGCUAGCUGGUCUGAUGGCAGCACUGCAACAGAAAUUAGCCCAAGGACCAAAGGCUCUGGUGAUGAUUGGAGAUCAGCAUUUGAUGCUGCGGCAAAUGGAUCAGUUGACAGCUCGUACACCGACUCGUCUAGGUCCAGAAGCAGCAGCAACCGGCGGCAUGGCACUCCAACUCAGAAUGGUGAUGCAAGUUCAGGAGCAAACUCUGGUAGUCGUCGUACUCCAAACAGGUUGCCGCCCGCUCCACCACAAAGCACUUCAGCUACGUACAGAUACUAGAGUCAAUUGACGGAUGCCUUUAGAGCAAGUAUUCAUCUGUUACUUGAUUACUUCAUCACCCUCAGAUCUAUAUAUAUUUGAAGCGGAAUCGAGACAGAGGAACAAAAUGGAUCUAUAGAAUUAAUCCCCCAUUUGCGGACAGAUUGAUUUAUCUAUUCAGUAUUGUAUGUGUGAAAGGGGAUCAGUAUACUGUGUGAAUUUAGUGAGGUUUACCACCCUUAUUUGCGAUAUCAUAUCCACCAUCCUGUUGAUGUGUAACAGCGUUUUGACAGUAGUAGAUCAUCGUACAUUUCAUUGUACCUAGAAACACCCUUGUAUGUAAAUUAGUGCUCCUUUAGAUUU